CAUCUAUUAUACACCAAGUGUCAAAGUUCACGUUUUCUAGUAUCUAAUUUUGGUAGAGGGUGCAUCACCUGAACUUGAAGAAAUUUGACGGUUUCCCCAGGCAACAAUGAUGGCAACAGUACAAUUUAAGUACUGUGAAUUAAACUAAACCGGAAGUCACACAACUUUUGCAUUCAUUCAUGUCAAUAUUUACAAAUGGUUUACAUAGAGUUUGCUUUUUAUUCCCUCACAUUUUGCAUUCACAUUGUGACACUUUCUAUGAUAAUAAAGCUUUCAUUGACUGGAACCUUGGGAAAGCAUUGUUUUGUGUUAAAAUAGGACAACAAAACCUGCUGUUUCCCUCAGUCCCAGUCAAUAAAGUGUUAAUUAAUAGGUUUUCUUAAAGGUGCCAGCUCAACCACACUGUGCACCAUGUGCAGAUAAACGUGUGUAUGCAGAACCACCAUAUCGCAUUUGGAACCUCUGUGUGUGAGCAAAAGAAGGGCAGACGUCCUGCAUCAGAAACACCAAAAUGACAUUGUCAUUUUGACAUUUAAAAAACAUGGUCUGGGCACAACAGUAGAGUGCUAUGGCACAGAAGGUGCCGGUGCAGCCUUUGUUGGGCACGAGGGGGAGAAGCCUGCCCAUGAACUUGGGAAAAUGGUUAAGAAAAUGUUUGAGACAUUUAUGGAAGGUGAGACUAAGGACUGGGAGACCACAAAACAUGGAACCCCUGGUCCAUGUACCACCUCCUUGGACCACCCCUAAAACUGCCUAAAAGCUGAGACAAAAUGAAUUUGUGUGAAUAAAUCUGGCACAUUAGAGACCCUAAAUGUCUGAUACAGUCCAAUAUUUAAUAUAACAGCAGUCUAUGUGCCUCUACCGCCAUCUUGGAACAUUAUCCACUAACCAUUCCUAAUGAAGGGUAUAAGAGGAAUAUAUGUUGUAGGGGUGUAAAGAAUGUCCCCACCCCAACCCAUUCUCCCAUAUCCUUUAUAAAGAGUUUGCUAUUUGUUUUUCUCUUCUCACUUCAAACUUUUUUCAUUUCUUACAUAAUUGAUCUUGACACAAUAUCAAAAUUUGUGUCCGCUCCACUAUUUUAUCAAAGCAUUAUUUCCAUUUUCAAGUUUUAGUUGCAUUAUUGAAUUUACAGUAACAAAAAUGUUUGGGUAAUUUUUAAUGAUGGCCGAAGUUGUUGAAAAAGGUUGUUUAAGCUUUGUUUUUUGUGUUUUAUCAUUGUCAUUAUUAUUGUUAUUCACACAACUGGCUUUCAAAAUGCUAUAAAAAAUUAGUCACAAAUAUGACUGAAAAUGUUGAGGAAAAUGAUCAGUUGUACAAGUGAUCCAUAAAAGUCCAAUAUCAAACCAUGAUUUAUGAUACCACCCGAUGUUUUUCUUAUUUCAAGUGGAAAAAUUUUCUUAUGAAAUGGGAAGGGUGUCAAAAUCACACGAAUUACCAUAAGAACUAUAACAUGCACCCUUCUUGUUACUAACACCAAUUUUCCUAUCAUUAGAGGCCGUUAGGACAACAACAAUGCAAUAUCACUUUGCUUGACAAGCUAAGCUUGAUCCUGGAAAGAGAGGAGCUCCCAAAAAGAGAUGCCAUAGCUGCAAUGACAGCAAUGCCCUUGCAUGAAGAGUUUGUACAACGUGCAAGGCCCCUUUCCCUCCCCCAAAAAAGAAGGAAAUGAGGGGGGAUGGGAAUAUCACCCACCAAAGAGGACAUCUUUUCGAUAGGGCAGAUGUCCUUCAAAAGGAGCACGGCGUGGAUGUGGUCGUCCUUAUGUUUGGACGGCACGGCAAAGGGAUGACCACAUCCUGCUACGGCACAAGAGGAAGGGGCCUGAAGUUUAUCGGGGACCAGCAGGAGGCCAAACCUGACGAGGAUGGCAAACUUGCCUUCCGCUUGUUUGAUAGAUUCAUGAGAGCCCAAAGAAAAACACCCGCGGCAACAACACCACCCACCGGGUCACCCGCGGCGACAACACCACCCACGGCAGCACCUGCGGCGACAACACCACCCACGGUGGCACCCGCGGCGACAACACCACCCACGGGGGAACCCACGGGGGCACCCGCGGCGACAACACCAACCGAGGCGGCGUCAACAUGAAUAUAGCAUGCUCCAUGUACAAAACAGAAUAAAUCAGUUUAUUUUUCAA